AUGACGGCAUUGCGGGGCAGACCAAUUGGCCAACUUGGCCGGGUCUUCACAAUCGUUCUAUUCGCCCUCACCCGCGUCUCAUCCGCUUAUGACCUGGAUCCUGAUUCCGAAGAUUCCGUCAAGACAAUUGCGAGGUCAAUAGCAGAGGACACGAUGGAGAUCUAUCGUGGCGAUGAGCCCGGACAGACACCAGGCUUGCUGCCCGACCCGCCGUACUACUGGUGGGAGGCUGGUGCGCUCAUGGGCACCAUGAUUGACUACUGGUACUACACGGGUGACGACACAUGGAACGAUAAGGUGGUGCAGGCACUCAUGCAUCAGGUCGGAGAGUUCAACGACUACAUGCCCGACAACCAGACACUCACUGAAGGAAACGACGACCAAGGCUUCUGGGGACUCGCCGUCAUGUCCGCCGCCGAACAGCGAUUUCCCGAUCCUCCCGAGGACCAGCCUGGCUACCUCGGCCUCGCCCAGGCCGUCUUCAACACCCAGGCCGCACGCUGGGACCCGGGCCACUGUGGCGGUGGCCUAAGAUGGCAAAUCUUCAACUGGAACAAGGGAUUCGACUACAAAAACACCAUUUCGCAGGGCUGUUUCUUCGCACUCGCCGCUCGCCUUGCUCUUUACACAGGCAACUCAUCUUAUGCUGAUUGGGCCGAGCGAACGUGGGAUUGGACCAAGGCCGUGGGCUUUAUCGACGACAACUACUCCGUGUUUGACGGUGCUCACAUUCCGACCAACUGUACCAACAUUGUGCCGUACCAAUGGUCCUACAACGUCGGCGUUUUCAUCAAUGGCGCCUCUGCUAUGUACAACUUCACCGGCUCAGACGAAUGGAAGGAAAGGCUCGACAGUCUCGUCAACGCCACGGAUGUCUUUUUCGUCGGCGACAAUCGCGACAUCAUGCAAGAAGUGGCCUGCGAGACGGUCGAACUCUGCAACAAUGACCAGCAAUCAUUCAAGACAUAUCUGACCCGUUGGCUCGCCGCCACCACCAAGUGGGCGCCGCAUCUAACCGACUAUAUCAUGCCUAAGCUUCGAGCCUCAUCCAUCGCCGCCGCCUCGACUUGUGUAGGCGGCGACAACGGCCGCAUGUGUGGACUCAAGUGGACCGAGAAGGGCAAGUGGGACGGUCUGCAGGGUGUCGGGCCGCAGAUGAUGGCUAUGCAAGCCGCUCUUAGCAACAUUGUAGCCUCACGGCCUGACCCUGUGACGGCAAAUUCGGGCGGAACUAGUACUGGCGAUGCGGCAGGUGGCGGAGAGGACAUUGGGCGGUCAGAACCCGGUUCCAACAGAACAACGCCGAUCAAGGGAGGUGACAGGGCGGGUGCGGCGAUCGUAACCAUCAUCUUGGUGGUUGCAUUACUUGCUGGCUUCUUCUGGCUCCUCCGGGACGAGACUUCGGACAAGACGAUCAAGGAGCGAUUCUUCGACUUCCGGAGUGCCCUGGCCGGAGGUGCCGGCCUCAUGACACUCGUGCAUCGACGGAACCGGGACGACGUAGACGAGAAGGGCGGGCCGAUCGACCAGCGGUCAGGGAGCGAUCUGGACUCGUCAAGGAACAGCGAGGUUCCAACACCCGUGCCCAUGCAGAAGGGCCUGACGAACAGCCGGCGAGCGCUGAACGACGGAGCGAUCGGUGACAAGAAUGCCAACUUCAUACAGCGGGAGAUGAGUGGAGGAAGUGGAAGCGGCGGCAGCGGUUGGGCAACACCAGUGUCAGAAGCCGGCCAGCGGGAUUCAAAUCGGUUGAGCAGGAAGAGUAUGCUCUCAAGCACGAUAAACUAA